AUGCUCUUCUCUCAGUCUAUUGGAGUUGUGGCUCUUGCCACUUUGACUAGUGCCCUUCCAGAGCGCAAGACUCUCGCAGAACGAGAAGUUGGCAAGCUUCCAGCUUUGGGAUGGAAUGGUUGGAACCAAGGACAAUGCAAUGCAGCCAGCGAGAAGGUCGCCCUUGACACAGCUAAGACCUUCAUCAGACUUGGCCUGAAGGAUGCCGGUUACCAAUAUGUCAACAUCGAUGAUUGCUGGUCUACAAAGCAGCGUGAUUCGAAGGGCAACCUUGUCCCUGACCCAAAGAAGUGGCCGAGGGGUAUCAAGCCUGUCGUCGAUGAGAUCCACAACAUGGGUCUCAAGUUCGGCCUCUACGGUGACAGAGGUGUAAAGACUUGCGCUGGUUACCCCGGAAGUCAAGGUCACGAGAAGCAGGAUGCCCAACUUCUUGCAAGCUGGGGCGUUGACUACUGGAAGUACGACAACUGCUACACAGAGUGCUACACAGGCAACGCAGCCGACAUUCAGACCUGCCCUGACGACAAGGGUCCUAGCUCUAGACCUGGUUACGAGUUGAUGAGAGACAUGCUCCGCAACACAGGAAAGGAUAUCCUCUACUCUCUUUGCAACUGGGGCUGGGAUGAGGUCUGGACCUGGGGUGCUUCGGUCGGACACAUGUGGCGUAUGAGCGUCGACAACUGGGGUAAAUGGGAGGAUGUUGUGCGCAUUGCCAACCAGGCUGCGCCUAUCCUCAAGUACACCCAGCCUGGUCGCUACAACGACCUUGACAUGAUGAUCCUUGCCAACGGUGCUUUAACACCAGCUGAGGAGCGAACGCACUUCGCUAUCUGGGCCAUCACCAAGUCCCCUAUCAUCUUGGGAACAGAUAUGACCAAGAUCAACAGCGACGAGGUCAAGCUCAUCACAAACAAGGGCCUCCUUGCUAUCAACCAAGACCCCCUGUCAAAGCCUGCCGUGCCUUUCACCCCUCCUGGAACCCCUACCAAGGGCAACGGCGAGAUCUACCCUUACUGGUCCGGACCUCUAUCAUCCGGAACAGUUGUCGCCAUUGUCGCCAGCAAGGGCAACCUCGAUACCAAGCUCAGCCUCUCUCAGGUUCCUGGACUCAAGGACCAAGACUACUCAUGGACCGAGAUGUUGACUGGCGCCAAGGGAAGAGGCAGGACUGUUCAGGCCAAGCUCGAGAAGCACGACAUCGCAGUUUUCCGAAUCGACAACUAG